GACGCGUCCAGCAUGCAACGUCCAUAGCCUGACGGACGGCCAAUCAAAGCCGAGGUAGAAGAAUGGACCCAUGAUGCACAGGGGCUCAGCACUCGACUGUUGCGAUAUCAGACAGAGUUUGAAUUGGGACAAAACGAGGCCGUCCGUUGCGGGAAUUUCAUACUCAAGCGAUACUCCCAGUUGGCGGGAGGAGGCGGGAGGUGGCGCCCAGUUACUACCUAUCGACUCAGUCCGUAAUAGUGCAAAUCAAGGCUCAAAAAUGACCACAUAACAGUCUGAAAAAGUGCGCAAAUCAGGCCGAAUGAACGCCGAAUCCCGGGCUGAAAUAGUGCAAAUCACCAGCACAGACCGCAAUUUUGUUUUUCGUAGUUGCCCUUGUCUUUGAUUGCCAGAGGGAAAUUGAAAUCAGGUCAUUCACCUACUGCGACAAGUCAGACUCUGUGGAAUGUACCUUACAG